GUUUCAAUGCACCAAAUGCAAAAUUAUACAUCAUUUGUCGACGAAAGUUCGGCGCCACCGGAUGUGCUACAGAAAUUCAAGAAUUGGUUCUGGUCAAUAUGCCAUAAACUGAAUAAUCAGGAGAAACAAGAUUUGAUCUUUUUCUGGACCGGGUCACCAACGUUGCCGUCAAGCGAGGAUGGUUUUCAACCGAUGCCGACGGUUAUGGUUCGCCCAGCGGAUGAUGUCCACCUUCCCACUGCCAACACAUGCAUCUCACGGUCAGUUUAA